AUGGACAAAGGAAAAACAAGCAGAAGAUUACAAAAUCCUGAUUAUUUACUUCCUUUUGCUGGCACUUCUGAAGAUUUUCACCAUCUGCUAUCCACUGGAACCUAUGAAUCGUUUGAAAACAGAGUUUUCCUUUGUGGAAGUUGUGCAUGUGGAAAGUCCACUCUAGCAAGCGUUCUGAUUGGUAGCCCUAUACCAUUUACAUGGAAAUCAACGGAUGGAUUAGUCAUACACUUUGGGCGAAACGGUAUCAACUUGGAAACUCAUGAGAUGGUUCCUUUAACAGGAGUAAAAAGAGAUCGGCAUGUGUUGACAAAGGUGGUUAUAUGUAAGCCAAAUCGCGAGACAGUAACGCGUCAAAUUGUUGAUACCAACCAGGACCAGCACACAGUACUAUCAUCUAGUGGAACUGACAAUCCCAAGGCAAAUCAGCAGACGAUAAAGAAAGACACAGGUUACAGUUCCACAGUUUCACAUUCAUCCGAUGUUCGUUUGAAAGAGUCUACAGAUUUACCGGUUAAAAGUACAAUGACAUCCGACGUUGAAAAACCUACAUCAGUUAGUCUGCCUAAGAUAAACAAAAUUGAAGCAUACGCUGUUCGUGAUGACAUUUUGAAAGAAAUUAAGAGUUGUAAAUACAAAAUCAAGAUUGCACCUUCAGAUUUAGUCGACUUUGGUGGUCAACGAUCUUAUGACAUGACUCAUCAGUUAUUUGUGCAGCACGGUGGGACAUUUAUCGUGAUGUUUGAUGGAAGUAGGGAUUUUUUUGCACCACUGAAGGAAUAUCCUACUGGAGAUAUUUCUAACGAAACUAUUGUGAAGCAUUGGGUCAAUUCAAUACUCACUUAUUGUGUUGAUGAGAGUGACGUUAAUGAUCCUAUGCCUCUGAUCGUGUUCGCUGCAACGCACAGCGACCUAAUUCAUGAGAAUAAGCAGCAGAAGAUGAAAAAAGAAUUCGCUAAAAAAGUCACUGAUAUGUUUGGUACCCAUGAAAUGAAGAAACACAUUGUGUUCGAUCCAGUUUACUUCAUAAAUGGUACAGACGAAGCUGAUCUUGACAUUCAAAAUUUGAAAAACCAACUUGUCAGUAUCGCUGUGAACCAGCCAUCUUGGGGACAACGACGGCCUAUGAUCUGGGUUCCUCUUGAACUUCUGAUUGAUAAUAUGAAAAAAGAUAAGAUAAAUGUUAUACUAAAAACACACUUAGCUGAGGCAAACACCAUGAAUGGAGAGCUAGCACUCUCUGAAAAACAACUAGAUGAUUUUCUCUUAACACAACACGCAUUGGGUAAGUUAAUGUAUUUCAAUCAACCAGAACUAAACAGUUUCAUCAUUCUCUAUCCUCCUGCAUUGGUCAAUAUCCUGAAGUCAUUCGUCACUGAUGAAAUGUUUUGGCCAGAAGAUAAAACCCUGAAAGAUAUCCUUAGAAAAAUGACGGAUACUGGAGUUAUAAGAAAACAUGAUCUCCUGAAACUAUGGCAACAAAAACAAGUCAACCAGUACUUAUCAUGUGAUGAGUUCAAAGAGUAUGUUAUUCAAGUCCUCGUACAUCUGAAUAUUUUGGUACUUCCAAAGCGGUACUUAGGCAAGACAGUCACAGACGAUUGUUUCUUGGUUCCGUGCACUGCUAAAAACAAAAUGCCGAUGUCAUUUUUGGAUGACAAAUCAUUUGAAAACAAAACCAUUUCUUUGGUCUAUCGAUUACAUAAUAGAACCAUACCGUCUACAUUGGCCUUUAAACUUAUUGGUGCUGUAAGUAGCAUUUGGCCUAUUAAAGAAGAGAACAAAUGCUCACUAUUAUAUCACUCCUCAGCUGUGUUAUAUGUUGACAGUAAAACCGAGUUUAGAAUAAUUAUAGAGGAAACUAGAGUCGUCGUCUACCUUACACACAUGCCAUCUAAGUUUACUAUCUCGCCAGAUAUUGCAGCCAGCAUUCAAGAAUGCUUGACAUUCACAUUAAACGAUGUUCUUAAAUUCUAUCUAACAAGUAUUGGAAAGAGCCAUAAUAAUAAAGAUAUAUCAAACCUCUUUCAAAUUGAAGUCGGGGAAGUUUGUGACAGAUCCCCCUGUGUGUUUUCUGUUUCCGAGGCGAAACGAACUUCUAGCUGGAGUUGCAGUAGAAAUCAACAUUUUACUAAAUAUCCAUUGCUUUGGAUUUUUGACAAGGUAUGUAAAAUCAACAAGUGA